GUGUGGGAGACGCCCAAUUUGAAUAAGUUUAGAUUAUCUAUAGAGUGAGUCAGAAAAUGGGUUCACAUCCCCAGAAAAUCACAACUAGAGAUGCAUUUUUAAAAGAAUUUCUGCACGUGAAAAAGCAUUUAUUAUGCAAAAAUAGGAUUUUUUUUUUCUGGACUAAAAUCAAGGCAGCUUUUCUUUCCAUCUCAGCUUGAGGACAAACUUCACAACUGAAAACUUCAUUCUGGUUGGUCUCCUCCUCUGAGGAUACUGUGGCAGCUUUAAUUUAGGGGCUUUUAUGACAUAAAGUUAAAGAACUUUGAAACACGACACUCAGUCCCUCUAAAGUUUGCAUAAUCGUGCGUUUUAUGGCCCAGCCUACUUUGAGCAAUGAUGCGUGAUUGCCACUUGCCUAAAUAAUGAAAUGAGUAAACUUCUGUCCACCACACCAUGUGCACACUCACCCAUAAUCUGUCUUCUAUAUGCAACAAACACACACAGACACAGACUUUCACAGGCAGGCUCACACUCCUUUUUUUAUCAGCUUGCAGCAGCAACAGCAGCAGCUUUGCGAGUUUGUGUGUGUGUGUGAGUGUGCGUCAGAGGAAAAAGGAAGUUGCGGGAUAAAGUUAAAAGCAUUCGACACAGUGCAGCUUUGCAGAACACCCACGAAAGGCAGAACAAGAGCGCCUCAGCCUGAAAAUGAGAUAAUAAAAAGUUAAAGCAGCGGCUGAACGUCGACAAAGCAGCAGAUAUAAAACUGCGAGGAGAAAUUGUCAAAAGGCAGAAAGUAUCAUCUCUGCGUUCGUCCACCUGCCAGAAAAACAAAGAUGGAGAUGUGGCGACAGUGUGCGAUGUGGUUGAUCGAGUGCCGGGUUCUUCCUGAGAGCCACCGAGUCACAUGGGAGGGUGCUCAGGUGUGUGACCUGGCUCAAGCUCUGAGAGAUGGAGUGCUGCUCUGCCAGCUGCUUAAUAACCUGAUUCCUCAGGCUGUCAACCUGAGAGAGAUCAACCUGCGGCCACAGAUGUCCCAGUUCCUGUGCCUGAAGAACAUCCGAACGUUUUUGGGAGUUUGUCAAGAGAGGUUUCACCUCAGGAAGAACGACCUGUUUGAAGCGUUUGAGCUGUUUGACGUGCGAGACUUUGGAAAGGUCAUAAACACUUUGUCCAUCCUGUCUCAUUCUCCUAUUGCUCUACAAAAAGGACUCCAGCCUUUUCCUUUGGAAGGAUCUGCUCCUGAUGAUGAGAUCUACAGCGGACUGUCAGACCAGAUCGAUGACACGGUGGAUGAGGAUGACGACCUGUACGAUUUUGUGGAGGAUGAAGACAACGAAGGCGAUGAGAUCUAUGAAGACUUGAUGAGGACAGAUGAACAGCCUGAAACUCAGAAAGUUGGAGUCGACAAGCGAGAGUGCUGCCUGCAGGAGAUCCGACAGACUGAAGAGAAAUACACGGACACACUGGAGUCUAUCUUACAGCACUUUAUGAGGCCUCUUGAAAAGUUCCUCCAGGCUCAAGACAUUGAAAGCAUCUUCAUCAAUAUAAAGGAGCUGGCUAGCACACACCGUAGUUUGCUGGACGAAAUUCGGAGCUCCGUCUUCCAACACAGCUCCAAGAAUCUCUACCAGGUGUUUGUGAACUACAAGGAGAGGCUCUUGCUGUACGGUCAUUACUGCAGUCAGGUGGAGGUUUCAACAAAACACCUGGACAAGCUCUCCGCCAUGAGGGACGACAUCAGGAUGAAACUAGAGGAGUGUUCAAAGAGAGCAAACAGUGGUCGUUUUUCCCUGAGAGACUUGCUCAUGGUUCCCAUGCAGAGAGUCCUCAAAUAUCCCCUGCUGUUACAGGAGCUGCUGAAACACACCACUGACCCCACAGACAAGGAAAACCUCCGAAUAGCUCUGGACGCCAUGAGAGACCUAGCACAGUGUAUAAAUGAAGUGAAACGAGACAAUGAGAUCAUUAAACAAAUCACCAGCUUUCAGAUGUCCAUAGAAAACUUGACUCAGUCUUUGGCUCUUUUUGGUCGGCCCAAGAUCGACGGAGAGCUGAAGAUCUGCACCUCGGAGAAAAAGUCCAAACAAGACAGGUACGCGUUCCUCUUCGACAAGGCUGUAAUAAUUUGUAAAAAGAAGAGUGGAGAGACUUUUGAGCUUAAGGACAUCAUUGAACUAAACCACUACCAGAUUCGAGACGAAUCCCUUGGGGAGAAGGACAAUAAAAAGUGGUCCUACACAUUCCUCUUGUUGGAGUGCUGUGGCAGGAGUGGCUACGAUUUUAUUUUCAAAACCAGAGAGCUGAAGAAGAAAUGGCUGGAGCAGUUUGAGAUGGCUCUGUCAAACAUGUGUCCUGACAACGCCACGACAAACAACCACGACUUCCAGAUGCACUGCUUCGAGGAAACCACCACCUGCAAGGCUUGCUCAAUGUUGUUAAGAGGGACGUUUUUCCAGGGCUAUCAAUGCUCUCGCUGUAAAAUGGCGUCCCAUAAAGAGUGUUUAGGCAGAGUGCCAGGAUGUGGACGAACCUCGGAAAAUUCUGGCACCCUGAGUAAGCAUAAAUCACACAAGUCUCCUAAACAUGCUAACAUUGGUUUCCCAAAGAUGGAGGUGUGUCAGGAGUAUUAUGGUUUGCCGCCGCCUCCCGUGGGCUUCGGACAGCCUCUUCAGCUUUUUAAAGGAGACAUCAUCGAGCUGACCCGGGCCGACAUCGACCUGGCCUGGUGGGAG